AUGCCUCCAAAGAAGAAGACCAGAAGCAAUUCCAUGGCUUCCCAAGACGAGCUGGACUACGAUGACUCAGAAUUAAGGCAAAAUGCCUCUCCUAGAGAAGAAGAACAUGCAAGUGAGGGAGCUUUUACCCUUUCAGACCUCAUUGCAGUCAUCCAUGCUAUGGGGAAAACCCAGAGGGAGAUGGCAGACAUAAUCAAAGAGCUAAAAAGCUCAGUCUCCAAGCCAAGCGAAGAAAACGAAAGACCUCCCCAAGAGGAGUCUGCCGCUGCCAGAGGAAGGUCUGAACAAAAGGAGCCAUCUUUUGUCACUCACAAAGAUGUCAUUGCCAUGCUGGAGAAGAAACUAAGCCGAAGCCAGGAGGAUUGGAAGUAUUUCCCUCAGCCACCAUAUCCAUUAAACCUACUCCAGCAACCAUAUCCUAAAGGCUACAAAGCACCAAACUUUAUUCUCUUCGACGGAAGGAAGGGAAGCCCGAAAGAGCAUGUCAACCGCUUCAUCGAUGCUUUGGGAUCACAUGCUGGUGAUUGUAAUCUCCGACUUAGAGAAUUUUCGAAAAGCCUUAUCGAUCGUGCUUACACAUGGUAUACGACGUUGGCACCAGGCACUGUUCGUUCUUGGGAAGAUUUAGCAAACAGGUUCUGUAAGAAGUAUUUCCAGCAUGAAGAAAGAGUUACUAUCAUUCAACUCAACAACACUCGCCAAAAAUAUGGAGAGGAUCCCGUGGACUUUGUGCACAGGUUCCGGGACCUAGCAUUGGAUUGCUACGAUGAGAAAGAUGAGGAGGCGCUUGUCGAAAUUUGCAUCAGCAAUAUUGUGGCAGAUUAUAGAGUCUAUUUGGAGAAUAUUGGCAUCAGCCAAUUUUCUCGGCUGCUGGAAGCAGUGAGGAAAACAAGCAUUUCAGUUAAGCUAACUGAGCAGGAAGCUUGGAGGAGUGAAGAAGAAGAGCGCCACUUGGGGGCUUCAUUUGGUCAGCAAGAUUAUCAAAAGACAGCUGUCGUAACCUCUCAUAAGAGCCGCAAAUCACUCUAUGAUUAG